AUGAGCUCAUCCCAAAGGCAAUCCAACGAUGCCGUUGUACUUCAACAACUCGAAGAAACAGCCAAAUAUAUUUCCAACAAGUACCAACUCGAUUGUGCAUAUCAUCAAGAGUCACCGCUCCGACCCAUCUCUCCUUCUUCCUUCCAUGCCUUGCCUCAUGCAUCAUUGGGACGGCGAUCAUCGACUCCUUCCAUGAUGUUGCAACAUCAGAAUAAUGAGGAGUACGACGUGGACGAUGGAGCCUCCGUAUCAAGUGCAUACACGUUGGCUUCUGGAGACAUUCUUCCAUUUCAUCGACAUUGA